GGGAGAGAGAAAGGAAGAAAAAUAAGCUCAAUGAUUGAAAAUUCCAAUAUGUAGGGUCUAACAAAAUAGGCAAUGUAAUGAAGCAUUAAUACUUAAAUUCUGCAUAUUCAAGUAUUUGAAAUAGAAUAAAAAAUCUAAGAAUAUUCAAUAAUAAAAAAACAAUAUACUCUUAUUAUAGAAAUUAAAUUAUAGAAUAGAUAAUUAUUAGAUAAAUUUAAAGUAAAGAGCUUAAAGCCAAUAAAGACUAAGAAAAAUGGCUCAAGACUCAAAUUAUUCAUAUAUUACUAUUUGAGCUCCAUUGUAAAAUUAGGACCUAACCAUUAAGUAAGAAGUGAUGGGGACGACGGAACUUAUGAAUAAAAAAGAUUCAAUUUAAGAUUAAAUAAAAAAAAUCUUAAAUAUUCACUGGCUGGGAUGGCGAAAUAAACCAAUGUUAAAUUAUUUGAUUUCUAGAUAGUAGCUAGAAGAUGUAACAGGCUCGUCCUAGAAAUGAAAUCUAAAUUGACAGAGUCAAUAUUCGCCCGCGAAAACUUUUUGCAAAAGAAUCAAAAAGCAAUAUAAAGACAAUAUUCAAGAAUAGUCAAAAAGGAAGGAUUAGUUAGACUCAGAGAAUCAUGAAAAAAGUGUAGAAUAAGUCAUUUUAUUUCAAAUAGAUUGAAAAAAAAUAUCACUCAAUUCCUAAAUAUUAUUUGGACUUCUCAGUCCAUAUUAUUAUUAUAGAUCUUAUUAUCUAUAUUUAGAUUUGUAGUAUUUAUCUUAGUAUCUAUCUUUAGAUUGAAGAUUUAGAUAUCUUCACUAUGAUUAAUCAAUUUUAGUCAAAAGCUCAUUUUGUAAAUCCUUUAUUCGUAAUUCGCGAGGAGCUGGAUGAGAAGAAACUCUCACGUCCGGUUCUGUAGUAGAGAUGUAAUAAAUAAAAAUCCAUCAACUAUAACCCCAAAAGAACCAGAUUCCGUAAACAACAUAGAGGAAGAAUGAAGGGAAUAGCUUCUCGAGGUAAUCAUAUCUGUUUCGGUAAAUAUGCGCUUCAAGCACUUGAACCCGCUUGGAUCACAUCUAGACAAAUAGAAGCCGGCCGACGGGCAAUGACACGAAAUGCACGUCGUGGAGGAAAAAUAUGGGUACGUAUAUUUCCUGAUAAACCAGUUACUGUACGACCCGCAGAAACACGUAUGGGUUCAGGAAAAGGAUCCCCUGAAUAUUGGGUUGCUGUUGUUAAACCCGGUCGGAUCCUUUUUGAAAUGGGUGGAGUAACAAAAAAUAUUGCCAGAAAAGCUAUUUCAAUAGCAGCAUCGAAAUGCCGAUACGAACUCAAUUCAUUAUUCGGAGAUAGAAUAGAAAAUAUCACUCUAAAACUACCCCAAAGAAUCUUAAGAAUGAAACAAAAACAAAAAAAUAAGUUUCGUUUUAUGUUUGUGGACAAAAAAUAUUUCUUUUUUUCUUCGCCCUUUGCAUUGUGAAAGAAAAGAAUAAAAAAAAAUGCUAUGAUUCAAUCCCAAACCCUUUUAAAUGUAGCAGAUAACAGCGGGGCUCGAAAAUUGAUGUGUAUUCGAAUAAUAGGAGCUAGCAAUCGUCGAUAUGCUUAUAUUGGUGACAUUAUUGUUGCUGUUAUCAAAGAAGCUGUACCUAAUAUGCCUCUACAAAGAUCUGAAGUCGUUAGAGCCGUAAUCGUGCGUACCUGUAAAGAACUAAAACGCGGCAACGGGAUAAUAAUACGAUAUGAUGAUAAUGCCGCAGUUGUUAUUGAUAAAGAAGGAAAUCCAAAAGGGACCAGAAUUUUUGGUCCAAUCCCCCGGAGUUGAGACAAUUAAAUUUUACUAAAAUAGUUUCAUUAGCUCCUGAGGUAUUAUAAAAAAAAUUCAAAAAAAAAAAUGGAGUAGAAUCUGUCUCACGUAUAUAAUUUUAAGAUUAAAAUUAAAGUAAGAUAAACACAAUAAUCCAUAGACAAUAAAAAAAACACGUUGAGAAUAUAAAAUUUUUGAGUCCCAUAAUUAGAGUUUAU